AUGUGCCAGCUUUCCCUUAUUCCAUUCUGUUUCUUGCAUGUAGAGAAGCAAUGUAUCCGUGUGUGUGUUGUGUAUGUGUGUGUGUAUAUAUAUAUAUAUAUAUUCAUAUUUUUUAAAAUCUGUUUUUCAGAUUUUCAGCUGAACUCUCACCUAUCAACACUGGCAAAUAUUCACAAGAUAUAUCACACGCUCAACAGGCUGAAUUUGACUGAAGACGUGGGCCAAGACGAUCACCAAACAGGGAGUCUGCGUUCGUGCAGCACUUCAGACUGUUUUAGUAAGACCAUGCCACCAAGGAAAAAGAGGAGACCUGCAGCGGGAGAUGACCUGUUGGCUAAGAAAAGUAGACAUGAUGGGAUGUAUAAAAAAUAUGAUUCCUCCAGAAUAAGAGCAGAGGAAGAAGCUUUCUCCAGCAAAAGAUGCCUAGAAUGGUUCUAUGAAUAUGCAGGAACUGAUGAUGUAGUUGGCCCAGAAGGGAUGGAAAAAUUUUGUGAAGAUAUUGGUGUGGAACCUGAAAAUGUUGUUAUGCUUGUUUUAGCCUGGAAAUUAGAUGCACAGAACAUGGGUUACUUUACAUUGCAAGAAUGGUUAAAAGGAAUGACUUCCCUACAAUGUGAUACCACUGAGAAACUUAGAAACACUCUGGAUUACUUGAGAUCUUUAUUAAAUGAGCCAACAAAUUUUAAACUUAUUUAUAGAUAUGCUUUUGACUUUGCACGGGAAAAAGAUCAACGGAGUUUAGACAUGAAUACAGCAAAAUGUAUGUUAGGACUCUUGUUAGGAAAAACAUGGCCACUGUUUCCAGUGUUUCAUCAAUUUCUAGAGCAAUCAAAAUAUAAAGUUAUAAACAAGGACCAGUGGUGCAAUGUUCUAGAAUUCAGCCGCACAAUUAAUCUUGACCUCAGCAACUAUGAUGAGGACGGGGCCUGGCCAGUAUUGUUGGAUGAAUUUGUUGAAUGGUAUAAAGAAAAACAGAUGGCAUAA